AUGCAUUCAAAAGAGAGCUUGAUAGCGGAUAUUUUGGGAAAUAACAAAGGAGAAGGAGAAAGCUUCAAGAAUGGGCCUAGAGAGGGACAGAGAGAAGGAUUUUUUGAUGGGAUGAAGGGGGGAUCUCUUAAGGUGACAGUGGAAACAGAAACAGUGCAAGUUCCGGCAGGUGGUUUGGCACCUAAACAGAGAAAAGGCAUGGAGACAGUGAAAGGGACUCGGGCAAAAAAGAAGCGUUCUCGAUUGACAAAUGGUAAAAAUCUUGAAUGGCAUCUAACUUUUCUAGUUCCCUCGAAAUCCGAAGUAUUUGCGGCUAAGAUAGCAUCGGCUAUUGACGAGAAUAUUGAUUCUGAUUCGGAUGAAACAUUUGUCUAUGAGACAAAUAUGCGUUCUCCGCACCAACUGUCGAGGACUUCUUCUAUUUCCUCAAUUGUUUCUCAUUCACGACAUGAUGGGAAAAUUGGCCUUUCAGGAAAGCACAGUAUGAAGUUUACGAACCAUUCUUGGUCUUCUGAUCCGGAUCAUAAAGAUUCAUUUAUUAUGUUUUCAGAUAAUACUCGUUCUCCUGGAAGAGCAUCUAUGUUUCCUUCAUGCAUUUUGUCAAAAGUUGAAACGGGGCUUCGUUCACCUCAUAGAAUUGGAUCACGCACGACUUCAUGUCCAUCAUCUCCUCAUUAUAAAUAUCAAAAACUAAAACAUUAUAAUGCAUCGUGUCGUCGCCAUUUUAUGGACAAAAAUACUAGUCAAUUUUGUGCAGCUCAUGAUGACUUUUAUCCUUAUGAAAGAAUUCCGCUUCUAUAUAAAGACAUUAGAUGUUUUAGUGAAGAUCGAUAUCAUGAAUGUCAUCAGCAUAGUAAACGGAAACGGCAUAUCUUUUUUAGAAAAUUUAAAUGGUUUUUUGUCUUUUUUUUAAUUUUCCUUGCAUGUACUAUUAUACUCAUAGUAAUUACACAACCUCUUCAGGAACCGAAAAUUGCAAAUGCAACUAAUAUUGUUGUUUCUCCUCAAGUUAUUGUGAUGGAUCUUGAAAUGGUCGCCUUUAAUCCCAAUUUCUGGCAAAUUUCAAUACAAAAAGUUAAUAUCUCUGUUUUUUGUUCAAAACCAUGGUCAGAUCUUAAUCCGAUUAAUAGUAUUGGUAAUAGUUCUAAAGAGGACUCUGAAUCGCUAAAACUAAAAUCAAAAAUGGUUAAGAAAAGGGUAAACCAAGCAAAUUUAUAUAGAUCAAUUGUUUCAGAUAACACUUCCAACUAUCAAGAGGAUAAAUUGGUAUUGCUUGGUUAUGUCUUUCAGCUCGAUGUUCCUUUUGUUUUUCGCUCUGCAUUUUUCAGCAAAUCAAUAUCACGAAGUAUUGCACAAUUUCGACUAGAAAACUCUGAUCAUUCGACUCUUGAAAACGAUUCUCUAAUUUGGGAUUAUAAUGUAAAUAAGGACUUUCAAUUGAUUAUAAAAGGCUUCUUUAGUUAUUAUCCUUCGUUUUUUUCACGAAAACAGCAAUUAAUACAGAUUAAUUAUCUUAUUAAUUUUUAUUCUUAG